CCCAGCUGUCAAUCACCCUAUGCCCUGCCCACUUCCCCAUUUCCAGCUGUCCAUCACCCACCUGUCAAUCACUCAGUUCCUCUUCCAGAAUAGGAAGUGCAGUCGAUGGCGACCGGGUGACCUCCCGGCCCCGCCUAUCCCACGAGGCCCCGCCCCUAGCCGCCAUGUUGCUCCCACUCUUCACCGCCCUGACCCUCGCUUCUCCACCGGCGGAGGCGGGACUUCUGGUUGACUCCAAGCUGACGUGGCACCCAGUGACGGACGGUCCUGCCCCGGAAGUCCCGCCGCCUCCCACGUCCUCUGCCCUGAACCUGACCUUCGACCCUGGCACCUGGACGCUGACCUGGCUCUGCUCCCAUGACAUCACGGUGACGUCAUGCUACGUGAACUUCACUCUGCAGGGGAGGCCGAGGAGGCGCAGGAUGCAGAAUACUCUUGGGUGCCGCUGCCAGUUCAGCCCCCUGACCCUGCACCUCGGGGUCACGCUGGGGGUCAACGCCACCGCAGGCAACGUCACCCUCCACGAGAGGCUGGACUACAUCGUCCCCGGGCCCCCAGGGUCCGAAGCCGUCAACGUCUCCUGCGAGAUCCGCGAUGCUACUGCCAUGAUGUGCGCCUGGGAGGCAGGGCCCUUAGCGCCUCCUGACGCUAACUACUUCCUGGUCCUGCGCAACGCCACGGGCCACGAGCUUCCCGGAUGUCGCAGUGGCCCCGCCCCCUUCGGCUGCCGCAUCGAUGACCUCACAGGCCUGCCGGACCUGCUUCACGUGACCGUGGCCGGAUCUAGCCAGUCUGGCGGCGCCUUGAGGGCCUACGACGUCAUCCUGAAGACCAAGGCCAUCGAGCGCCUGUCCGCACCCCACAACAUCACCGGAAGCUGCAACGCCUCGCACUGCGCUGUCUCCUGGGCUCCACCCCGCACCUGGGCCACCAUGGUUUUCGCCGACUUCCGCUACGAGCUCGAUCUGCGCCACACAGACACGGACCCUGAUGACACGGUCACCGUCUCCAGCCGCCCCGAGAACCGAUUCGAGUUCCCAAGCCCGGAGCCGCGCGAGGGUCACAUGGUCAGGGUGCGUGCGGGCGAUGUGCGCAGCAAGCGGUGGAGUGCGUGGAGUCAGUGGGUGAAGUUCGGUGCUGCCCGCCCAGCCGUCCCCCGCCUGCCUGUCUACAUCAUCGUGAUGGCCGUGACCCUGACCUGCGCCCUGGGCCUGGCACUCGCCUGGAGGAGGUUCAUCUGGCACCGCCUCCUCCCCCGCAUCCCCGACAUCCAGGACAAAGUCAACGACAACGCUUCGGUCAAUCCCCAGACCCUCAGGAAGGACCUGGCCGCAUAGGAAUUCCCGCUCCCGGGGACCUGGAACACAGAUGAAACCUCACCCCCGCAGACCUGGAAGUGAUUCAUCCUU